AUGAAGGUGAUCGCUACAUACUUGCUGGCCGUGUUGGGAGGCAACACUAACCCAUCCGCUGCUGAUUUGAAGCGCAUUCUCGCUUCAGUUGGAGCUGAGGCUGAUGAUGAAAGGAUUGAGUUACUCUUGUCUGAAGUUAGAGGGAAAGAUAUUACUGAGCUAAUUGCAGCUGGGAGGGAGAAGUUGGCUUCAGUUCCUGCUGGUGGUGGUGCUGGCAUUGCAGUUGCUGCAGCAGCAGCUGGUGGGGCUGGUAGUGCUCCUGCAGCACCUGCUGCCGAGGCGAAAAAAGAAGAGAAAGAGGAAGAAAAAGAGGAUACUGAUGAUGAUUUGGGCUUCAGUCUCUUCGACUAA